GCCCAGCGCCCAUCGGAUGAUAGGGCCACCAAGAACUGCAUGGCCACGACGGAUCGGACGGUUCGACCAUUUCGGAGUGCAUCACACAGGGCAGCUACGACUGGAGCGCCGUGACCGAGAAUGUGGCCGCAAACAUCAAUCACGGCGCUGCCGCCUCUUGAAGUUGACGUUCUUCUACGAGGCCAAGAAGGACAGCAAGAAGGCCAUCGAGCUCACGUCAAGGCGUUGUGCAUGGGCACCAUCCAGUGCUUCAUGAAGGAGUUCCUAAAUGCCCGCGUGAGCUAUGAGAAGGGGCUGGCGCUGGGCCCAAACCACCGAGAAUGCCUGCGGAAAGUCUUGUACAAGAUUCAAGCGGAGAAACCAACGAGGCGCUUGCGAGUCGCGGCAUGGCGGACCCCGGGAUCCAGGCCAUCCUGCGCGGAACAUGGAAUCACCUGAAGCCGUCAGGGCAAUGCCGUCCGACUUGGACUGCGACGCGCAUGGG